CUCUCUGCGGCGACCUCGCUCGCCAGAGUAUAAAAAGGCGCCCCACCGUGACGGCAUUCAUACUUCCAGUCGCACUCUGCCACCAUGAAGUCCGUCGCAGCGCUCAUCCUGUUCGCCGUCGCCGCUUCUGCUCUGCCCAGGCCGGACGAGCUCAGGGCUGGAGUGAUUCCAGUGCUGGAGAGGGCCGAGGUGCGCGACGCGACUGGCCAGUUCUCUCUCAGCUACCUGUCCGGUGACGGCACCCACGUGUCGGAGCAGGGCGCCUUGAAGCCCACCCCAGACGGCAAGGACUUCGUGCUGGUCAAGCAGGGCGAGUACCAGUUCACGGCCCCAGAGGGUAGGACCAUCAUGGUGAAGUACACCGCCGACGAGCACGGCUUCCACCCCAUCAGUGACGCCAUCCCUGUUGCACCCACCGCCUAGGGUAUACAGACUGCCGCCACACUUCACCGUCCGAAUGAACGAGUGCGUCCAUUUCCUCCUUGUGUGUAUUCGCGUGUGUUUUGUUUGUUUUCCAAUAAAUAGCUUAAGGCUGUGAAUGUAAGAGUA